CUCCAAACUAUGCAAAAUGCCCGCAAGGCGUUGGACGAAAUUCCUCAGAGAACAUUGGCAGAGUGCUCAAGCUAGCUGAUCUCACUGGUGUGCGCUAUGCUUGUGUCGUUGAUUCGAGGCCGGCAAAUCAAAGUUUGUAUAGCCAAGAAAAGUCAAGAGUUAGGCAAGUCAUUCGCUGUACAAAUUGUAUUUGAAAAAUGGAGGGUGUUGCAGGACCCCAGAGAAUACACAUAUAUAUGUAUGGUUGGUGAGAAAAUGAAUGAUGAGGCUAGGUCUCUCAUCCUCAGCCUUCUUGGAAAUCCUACAUAAUUUCCAUCUCGUCUAGAAGACGUUGGUUAAUUUUCUGGACCGUCUCAUUCUCAAUAUGACUGCAGAGAAGAUGUCAUGGAAAUGUAUCCUCCCAGUCUGUUGUUCCAAAAGUAGUGAUGCGGAUUCCACAAGACAAGUUCAAGAUAAGCGAACCCCUUUUCUGCAGCAAAGGCUGUCCAUGUCGGAUGUAAUUAGCGAUCCCAGCUAUGCAGAUGAUCUCUCCAAUUCUUUUUCCGGCCUAAACCUCCACGUGUUUUCACUAGCGGAGCUUAAAGUUGCAACAAACAACUUUUCAUGGAGUAAUUUGCUUGGUGAAGGCGGCUUUGGACCGGUUUACAAGGGGUUUGUUGAUGACAAUCUUAGGCCUGGAAAAUUGAAGGCUCAGCCUGUAGCCGUCAAACUAUUAGACUUGGAUGGCUUUCAAGGCCAUAGGGAGUGGCUGGCAGAACUUGUUUUUCUUGGACAGCUGAGGCAUCCCAAUAUUGUUAAGCUGAUCGGAUAUUGUUGCGAAGAGGAGCAUAGGCUUUUGGUAUACGAAUACAUAGCCAGAGGAAGCUUGGAAGAUCAACUCUUCAGAAGAUAUUCUGCUGCUCUUCCAUGGUCAACCAGAAUGAAAAUCGCAGUUGGGGCGGCUAAGGGCCUAGCAUUCCUGCAUGAAGAUCAUAGGCCUGUCAUAUUCAGGGAUUUUAAAACUUCAAAUGUUCUGCUAGACUCUGAUUAUACAGCAAAACUUUCGGAUUUUGGGUUAGCAAAGGAUGGCCCAGAAGGAGAAGAAACUCAUGUGGUAACACGUAUACUAGGGACUCAAGGGUAUGCAGCCCCUGAAUACGUAAGGACAGGUCACUUAACAACCAAGAGCGAUGUGUAUAGCUUUGGAGUAGUUCUAUUAGAGCUGUUGACAGGUAAAAGGUCACUAGACAGAACCCGCCGGAGCCGUGAACAAUGCCUUGUAGAAUGGGCGAGGCCUCUGUUGAAGGACCCAAGAAAGCUUAACCGGAUCAUAGACCCGAGAUUGGAGGGACAGUAUUCCAGCAAAGGGGCUAGAAAGGCAGCUACAUUGGCUUAUACUUGCUUGAGCAACAACCCGAAGUCGAGGCCUAUGAUGACGGAUGUGGUUAUGAUCUUGGAGUCUCUUCAGGGCUUCAACGAAGCGUUAACCUAUCAACCAUUUGUUUAUGUCGCACCAAAUGAAGAAAAGGACUGCAAUGAAGAUAAGGGAAAGUACCAUUGCGGAUACACCCUAAAAGAAGCUCUCAAGACGGAAUUGAUUUGACACAUUAUCUUGGUAUAUGUGGGGAAUUUGUAAGUACUCAUAAUAGUGGUAUGCCAUUGUAUUUUCUGAACUAUAAAAUGAUGGAAAAGAAUGAAGCAUAGAUGAUAUCGUAUGGUAAUGAUUAAGAUACACUUGACUGA